ACUGUUGGUGAUUUGGCAGGCAAUGCAAAAAUAGUCGGAGGAGCAAUUUCAACGCCGGGAAAGUGGCCAUGGCAGGGGUUAUUAGUGCAUUCAGUGACCAAUAUAACUUUUUGUGGCUGUUCUCUCAUUUCUGAACGAUACGUGUUAACUACCGCCAGCUGCACUGCCGGGGAAACCGAAUUCUAUGUAAUAUUUGGUGUAUUCGACUACAAAAACAUAGGUGCUGGUUCGAAAUCUUAUUCGAUUCUGCAGGAAAUCGAACACUCAGGUUAUGAACCGAGAACCUUUAAAAAUGACAUUGCGUUGUUAAAGACUCGAGAGCCGGUCCUCUACACAGACACCAUUAAAGCAAUUGCACUUCCAAGCCAAGGCAUCAACGUUCCCGCUGGUACUUUAUGCUGGAUUACUGGAUGGGGCAAAACUUCAGAAAAUGCAGUUUCAUCGCCGUCAGUAUUACGCGAAGCACAAGUUCCCGUUGUCAGUCAGUCGCUAUGCAGACUUUGGCUUUUACCAAAUGUUAUAUACGACGUCCAACUCUGCGCAGGGUACCAGGCUGGCGGAGUCGGUAUCUGUAAAGGGGAUGGUGGUGGACCACUAGCAUGUAGUACUUCUACGUCCACCUAUGUCUUACAAGGAAUAGCUAGCUUCAGUGUCGGCUGCGCGCGACCACUGAAACCAGGGGGGUACACAAGAGUUUCGGAAUUUGCAGAUUGGAUUUAUGCAAAUACUGAUAUUGUUCGGCCACCUACAACGAGCACGGCAAGUUCAAGCAACACGAAGUUACCAAAGAACAUUGGUGCAUUUUGUCUUUGGUUAUCUAUGUUUUAUAUUCUGUGUCCGUACAUUUCCAUUUAUUAAUUUACUUUUAUGGGAAAUAUUGUACAGAAGUAGUUUUAAUUAAUGUAAUCCCAUAAUUUGUUUAACUGUUUUUUCGGUGGAAUUUCUUUUUGGGGGUUUUGUUUUUCCAUCAUAUUCCAAUCUUUUUAUAAAUGUUCUUCAAGGCCGACUCCCCCCAUUGCACGGGUUGUGUCCUUACGCAUACUUUUCUUCCAAUUGGAACUUUUCCUUUUUAACCUAUAGCUAUUUAUGUGAGUAACUUUUAUGUUGAUUUAUGUGUAUACUUUGUGCAUUCGUGCAAAUAAAAUAUCAAGGGAUUCAAGUAAA